UAUAGAAAAAAAAUUAUUCCUUAUAUUUUCAAUUAUAUAAUCGCAUAUUCUUCAAAAUUUAAAGAAAAAAAAAUAUCAAAGAAAAAAAAUUUUGAAUAGGGACGUAACCUCUCAAAAAUAAGAAUGAUUCAGAAUUCACAGUAAUUAUGAAAAAUGGAAUUGGCAAAAAAAUUCUUAACCCCAAGAAAAAAUCGAAAUUUCUCCAAUAUUUACAAGUAUUAUCAAGCCCUUAAGAAUAAAUUUUAAAAAUGCCUCGUCUUUGUUCCGGUUGUGCCAAAGAAUACCAACAAAAAUUAUUGUCACCCAACAGCCAAGUUUUUGAAGAAAAUCAAAAUUUCAAACUUUUGCAAUUAAAUGAUAAAAAUUCCUUAAAUAGUAAAAAUGGAAUUGUAAAUGAUAAAAAUGCCUCAAAUUGUAAUGAUGGGAUUAUAAAUGAUGAAAAUGCUUCAAAUGAUCAAAAUAUAAUAAAAAGUAAACUCGAAUUUAGUAAAAAUAUUGCAAUCUGGAUAUUGAAAAUAAUAAUUUCUUUGUUCAUUUCUUUUUUGGCUCUAAAAAUCAGUUUGGUAAUUUAUGAUGUGAUUUCUGUCUGUUUUUGGAAUUUUACUUUUCAACUAAUAUCUCCGUUUUUUAAAUUUCUGUUUUGGGUUAUUGCAUUAUUCUGUUUUUGUUUGCGAGAUGAAUUUCAGUCUUUCGGAAAUAAUAACGAGCAUGAAAAUGCAAAUUAUAAUAGAAAUAUGAAUGAUGCACUUGAAAUUAAAAUAGAAGUUCAGGAAAAAAUUAAAAAAGAAGUUGAGGCAGAAAUUCAGACACAAAUUGGAACAGAAAAUUUAGCAGAAUUUGAGUCAGAAAUUCACACAAAAAUUGAGGCAGAAAAUGAGAAUGAGAAUAUUGCACCUGUAAUUAAAAAAGAAGUUCAGGUAUAAAGUGAGACAGAAAUUAAAGCAGAGAAUUGGACAGAAUUUGAGUCAAAAAUUCACACGGACAUUUUGACAGAAAAUGGGAAUAAGAAUAAUGCACCUGUAAUUAAGAAAGAAGUUCAGGCAGAACGCAGCGCAGAACUUUAGACAGAAAUUGAGGCAGAAAAUUGAACAGAAAUUAAGGAAGAAAAUUGACACGGAAAUUAGAACAGUUAAAAAUGUGGAGACUGAUCAAGAAAUGGUGCCACCCGAUGGCGGUUGGGGGUGGUUUGUACUCAUAGCAGCUGUUAUGGUAAAUCUUCUAAUUCCUGGGGCAAUAAAAUCUUUUGGAGUUUUAUUCGUCGAAUUCCUUGAGGUUUUUGAAACAACUCCCACGGAGGCAUCAUGGAUUCCAGCCUUAUGUUACUUUCUCUACAGCUCCUUAGGACCCCUAUCGAGUAUACUUUCAGUCAAGUAUUCUUAUCGUACAGUCACCCUGAUUGGCGGAACUUUUGCCGCUGUGGGGAUGAUGUUAAGUUUCUUUGCAACUUCAAUCGGAUAUCUCUAUGUUAGCUAUGGAGUGCUCGUCGGCACUGGCGCGGGAUUGGCUUUUCCACCGACUGUUUAUAUCGUGACGUCCUAUUUUGUAAGACUGCGAGGACUUGCAAAUGGUCUUUGCAUUUCUGGAAGUGCCAUAGGUUCAAUCAUUCUUCCGCCGCUUCUCAGGGUUCUAUUGGAAGAAUACGGCUACAGAGGGGCAGUUUUAAUAACAGGUGCAAUAACCCUAAACGUCUGGGCAAGUGCUCUGCUCUACGACCCCGUGGAAAAGCAUUUGGUACCAGCAAAAGUGACGGAAAUUGAAGAAGACGAAGAAGAGGAGGAAGAAGAAAAUAAUGUUGGGACCACAGUGACAGUGACGGGUCCAGAGGACGAUGAAAAUUUAAAAAACCAACUCAUUUUGGCCAAUUCGAAUUCAAAUUCGAAUUCGAAUUCGCACGCGAAAGUCAGUAUCGCGACACCUUUCGUGCCAAAGAGCGCCUCGAGUGUCGCUCUAGAAAAUUAUAAAAAUUCUCCAGUCCAGGGACGCAUGAGAAAAAUUAGUAUGCCAACACCAAGUGCACGGGACAUGACUGGACAGAUGCACAGCACCCCGGCGCUUCAUGCUGUUCCAGAAGGCAGACCGAGGAGGAGAAUUCCACCCAAAUCACCAAGUUCAUCUUCCUUUAAUUAUAUCAGCACUCCCUAUCACGGAAGUACUCUCUCAGCCCUGCAUCCUGAAUACGCAUCUACCUUAACCCUGAACGCAAUAACCAGUACCUUCCGCAAAUCCCCGGAGAAGAAAGCCGCCCGGGGAAAGGCCGAACCGGAGAAGAAAUUCUUCGAUUUCAGUCUUCUGAGGGAUCCCAUCUACCUCGUAAUUCUGAUCUCAAACUCGACAAACGCCGUGAGCUACACCAAUUUCGUCAUUCUCUUGCCAAGCUACGCCAAAGACCUUCAUUACUCCAAAGCCCAGGGCUCGAAUCUCCUGCCGAUUGUCUCCAUUUUCGACUUGAUCGGCAGAAUCGGAGGCUCGGCUCUCUCCGACGUAAAACUAAUGCCCAAACACUGGUACUUCAUCGGCGGUCUUUUCAUUUCGGGAGUUUCGCUCACUUUCCUCCCGACGGCCUCGAACUAUAUGAUCCUGUCGAUCUACAGUGGCAUUUUCGGACUCGCUUCCGGUGUCUAUGUGGGAAUCACAGCCGUGAUUAUGGCCGAUAUGCUGGGCACGGAAAAAUUGACUUCCUCCUACGGAAUUUCCCUUUUUGUUAACGGGGUUCUCCAGCUCGUGGGACCGCCGAUUGUGGGCGCGAUUUAUCAAAAAAUCGGAGCCUAUGGACCCAUCUUCAGCAUCCUGGGGAUUGUUCUGAUCGUUGGCGCCUCCCUCUGGGGAUUCGUGCCUUUCAUCAAGAAAAGAAGGGCUGCUCAAGUCGCCAGAGAUUUAGAAAAAUCGUAAUUAGUACUCUAGUACUUUGGCAAUUUAGGAAAUUCGAAAAAGUCGGUUUAAUUUCGAUGUAUCUCGAGCUCUGAAUGUUCAAAUGAAUUGGAACUUUUUUUUUCUUUUUCUUAGAAGUGUUUCUAGUUUAAGAACUUAUCAGUGAAAACAUAUUGUUUCAUUGGAACUUUCAGAACUUGAGGCG